UUCUUGGCCCUGGCCACUGUCAAACUACCAUUGCGCCGUCACUGCCACCAACGUACCGCACUCACGCACAUCCGCGCGCCGCCGCCGCCGCAAGUUAACGGUACAAUAUUACGACAUUUCCGUGACAUUUCGAAUCACAGUUCUAUACUAUACCGGAGUUGGUGCCGUCGCAAUAUGAUUUGACGUACUUGGAUAAUGGGAACAGGAGAUCGAUUAUUGGAUAUCCCGUGCAAAGUUUGUGGGGAUAGAAGUUCUGGCAAACAUUACGGCAUUUAUAGUUGUGACGGUUGUUCUGGGUUUUUCAAAAGGAGCAUCCACCGGAACCGGGUGUACACGUGCAAGGCACAAGGCGAACUCAAAGGCAGGUGCCCCAUUGACAAGACCCACAGAAACCAGUGUAGGGCUUGUCGACUCAACAAGUGUUUUCAGUCGGCGAUGAACAAGGACGCGGUGCAACACGAACGAGGACCGCGCAAACCAAAGUUGCACCAUCACCACCACCAUCACCACCACCACCCGAUGAAAGACUCACCGCAGCCCACCGCCAACCACCAGCGGCAACCCGGCCAAAUCCAGCUGAGCGCCGACCAUAACAACAUUAUCCAAAAGACGACUUCGUCGGCGUACCCGAAAACGCCAAUGGACACGGCCCUGCCGCCGUUGCCGCCGUCGCAGCAACACCAUCACCAUCAUCAACAGCAGCAACAGCAGCCGCCACCACCUCCGCCACAACAGCAGCCACCGCCGCCAACCACGCUUCUGCCUCCCACGCCGCCGCAAGGACACGUGUUCUUGGGACAACAACAGCCGCCGCCGCCACCCGGGCUUUUACAGAUACUCAUGUCGGCCGAAAAAUGUCAGGAAUUGAUAUGGAGUGCAAAGAUGUCAGAAGCCUCAUCGCCUAUUGGCAUACCACAACCGACCAGUCCUCAGAGUUCACUCUCGUUAUCGUUGUCACCGACUUGGGAAGUCUUACAGGAGACCACAGCUCGAUUACUAUUCAUGGCAGUUAGAUGGGUCCGAUGCUUGGCUCCAUUUCAGACCCUUUCCAAACACGACCAGUUGCUACUGUUACAAGAAUCGUGGAAAGAAUUGUUCCUUUUACACUUGGCUCAGUGGUCCAUUCCUUGGGACUUAUCGCCAUUGUUAAAUUCAGACAAGGCUCGUGAAAGGCUACCAGCAGAUGACACUAAGGUCAACAAUGAGAUGAAAAUCAUACAAGAAAUAUUGGCACGUUUUCGACAACUAUCGCCGGAUGGUAGUGAAUGCGGUUGCAUGAAAGCGGUUAUUUUAUUCACACCAGAAACACCGAGCUUGAUUGAUGCGCAGCCGGUAGAAAUGCUCCAAGACCAAGCGCAGUGCAUAUUAGGCGAUUACGUGCGGGGCCGAUAUUCGAGACAGCCUACUCGAUUCGGACGGCUGUUACUUAUGUUGCCCAAUCUUCGGGCAGUCCGGCAGGCGACCAUUGAGAGGUUGUUCUUCAAGGAGACCAUCGGUGACAUACCAAUACAAAGACUACUCGGCGACAUGUAUCAUAUGGAAAAGUCGUACGCGUAGUAAAUCAAACAUAAUAUAAAUCUGUACAAAUGAUGUAACAUAUAAUACGGUGAAACUUCCAUACAACUAACUUCUAACUUCUUUUUAGCAAAAUUUUCUGUUUAACGAAAUAUUUUUAAAAACUAAACCAAAUUCGAACAAAAUUUAUUUAAUUCAACUUAGGAGAUUUUUUGUAACCCAUAAAACUUUUAUGACUAUGUAGAAUGGAAGUUUCACUAUA